AUGGCUGACGCCCACAACCCGCCCCUCAACUACGAAGCCUCUAACACCACCACCAACCCACUGAUCUCCACGACCCUACCCCCGGAAGUAUCGCAAUGCCUCAAGAAUGCCCGUUUCCUCCAUCUCGCAACAAUCAGUGCCAGCCAGACCAGCCCACUCCCAACACCCCACGUAUCCUUGAUGAACUACACUUUCCUGCCUUCCUACGACCGCCACGGCCCCGUCAUCAUCAUGACCACAAACGCAAAGUCCAUGAAGACCCAGAAUCUGAUUCACAACCCCAAAGUGUCGAUCCUGGUGCACGACUGGGUGUCCCACAGACCGCCGACAGCCACGUCGGUGAGUGGUGAGCAACGAGCCGGAUCUCCGCCCGCUGCCGCAACUCGGUCGUCUCUUGCAACUCUCCUUCUGAAUCUGAAUACUUCUGCCCUAAGCUCAAUAUCAACCACCAUAGCAGGAGAAGCGAGAUUCCUGGAACAAGGCAGCGAGGAGGAGAAGUGGUGCAAAGAGGCUCAUCUGGCGAAUAACACAUUUGGAGGUCAAGUCACGCAAGAGGCAGGGUUUUUCAGUGGACAGCCAGCAUCUGCCGAUGCGGAGAAUAGUAGCUGUUAUAUUGAAGGAGAUGACGUGAGGGUGGUUAUUGUUCCCGUGCGUGAAGGGAGGAUAGCGGAUUGGAAGGGAGGUGUCAAAGAUUGGGUCUUGGUCGACGAAGAUGCCUCACCAACAAGUGCUACUGGGAAUUCUGCCACAGCGGAGAGAGGCAGGAGCAAUGGACAACCGUUGGUGAACGGGAUCAGGGAUUGA